AUGAAUGGUACAAAGAAAGUUCGCGGUAGAUCAAGUGAAAAUACUAUGGAAGAAUAUCAGUUGACAAUGAGACUGUUGGAAAUGUUACAAAGAACAGGAUACGAAUUAGUGCAAGAAAAUGGACAACGUCGUUUAACUGCUCCAGAGAUCGUACGAGGUGAAAAACAACGUGUGAAAGGUGCUGAAAUUUUCCUCGGUCGUCUUCCGCGAGAUUGUUACGAGGAUGAACUAAUGCCAGUUCUCGAAAGAAUCGGUCGUUUAAUGGAAUUACGUUUAAUGCUCGAUUUUUCCGGAUCAACUCGCGGCUACGCAUUUGCAUUGUUCGAAAAUUCAAAAAUAGCAAGAUACGCAUGCGCAGAACUUGACGGUUAUGAAAUUCGACCCGGCCAUCGUAUUGGUGUUGUUAAAUCGGUUGAUAACUGUCGGCUGUUCUUCGGUGGAGUACCCAAGAACAAAAGCAAGGAAGAAUUUCUGGAAGAGUUGAAUAAAAUCCUUGAGGGUAUUACUGAUAUUUAUCUGUAUCCAAGUGCACACGACAAGACGUUAAAUCGCGGUUUCAUUUUCGUCGAGUUCAAAGAUCAUAGAGCAGCAGCAAUGGCAAGACGGAAGUUAAUACCUGGAAGAGUUAUGUUAUGGGAUCAUGAAAUUGCGGUUGAUUGGGCUGAUCCCGAACCUGGUGAUCCUAUCGACGAAGAAAUUAUGGAAAGUGUUACUGCCUUAUUUGUACGAAAUUUAUCUUUGGAUAUGUCUCAACAAAAAAUUCGAGAAAUCUUUCAAAAAACUACGAGAAUUCCUAUCUUAAAAUUAAAGAAAAUCAAUCACUUCGCCUUCAUACACUAUGAAAGUCGUCAAGCAGCACAAACUGUAAUGAACAUUAUGACAAGUAGUAAUAGCAUCGCUGAGUGUGAAGGUUGGGAAAUACGUUGGGCAAAGCCAAUUGGAGCUACGAAAAUUCUUGAAAGACAACGAUGUAUUAACGAAGCUAUAGCAAAAUCAAAUCCACAUAAUCUUCAGCAGAAUUGUAUUAAACUCGCGCCAACGAAAAAGGCCAUUUGUAAGAAAGCCGUGGACAUGAACGCCAACAAUAUAGUCGAUAUAACUUCAGUACAUAUGAAUGCCUUACAAAACUUCAUUAAAGGAAAGCUCAACGCUACUUGCCAUUUUAAGUGUUUGCGUACAGCGGGUGCACCCAAUUUUAUCUGCAAAAUAACUAUCUUUCAAGAUGGUCACACUCUCAUCGAAUAUCAUGGGGAACCAAUGCCAACGAGCCAAAACGCUGUUGUCGUUGCAUGCACAAAGAUGUACCAAUUUAUAGUCAAUACAUUCCCGGAUCACACACUACCGGAAAACAUGUACUAUUGCACGGAGCACAAACUAGACAUUAAUCCUGUGGGUGGGGCACCAGUCAACUGGAAUAGGGAAGUAAAUUAUAAUUAA